GGCAGCGCGGCGGACUGGAGGGGGAAGUGUUGUCACUGUGUCUCCAGCUCGUCUCCAGCAGCCAUGGCCGGGAUUAAAGCUCUCAUCAGUCUGUCCUUCGGAGGGGCCAUUGGUCUCAUGUUCCUCAUGCUUGGAUGUGCCCUCCCUGUGUACGAUAAAUACUGGCCUCUGUUCCUCCUCUUCUUCUACAUCCUCUCUCCGAUCCCUUACUGCAUCUCGCGGAGGGUGAUUGACGACACGGACUCGGCCAGUAACGCCUGCAAAGAGCUGGCCAUCUUCCUCACGACGGGCAUCGUCAUCUCAGCCUUCGGCCUGCCCGUCGUCUUCGCCAGAGCUGAAGUUAUCGCCUGGGGGGCGUGUGCGCUUGUGCUAACGGGUAACAUGGUCAUCUUCGGCACCAUCCUGGGCUUCUUCCUCGUCUUCGGAUCCAACGACGACUUCAGCUGGCAGCAGUGAGAAGCAUGAGUUUCCACUGCGUUGAGAGUGCGUCCACACAACCACACCUGAACUCUGCUGCAGGUGAUGCUGCUGUCCUCACUACUCCUGAGUUCUAGAGCCAACUCAUCAGGGCUGUUUUCAUUUGACCUGAAUUUAUAAGAAUGAAAAUCUGUCUUUUAUUUUCACUCAAAACCUUCAGACCUUUUUAAAAUGUAAAUUUAAAACAUGAUCGUUCUCUCUGUGACACGAAACAAGGAGGAGGUUGUUUGUUUCCUCUCAGCUCAGAGAAGAGGAUUAUAUUCAGACAGGCCACUGCAGAGAUCAAAUUUAACUGACUCUGUGAUUUCCCCGGUGCCGACAGGACGCAGGCUGCUUAUUCAUCCGAGUUGUUUUGCAUCUGAUGGCGCUCACUUCCCCAAACGUCUGAGUUAGCCUCACAGGGUCAGGUCAAGAGAGCACGAACAAGCCAGUAGUAGCUUCCAGCUAGCGUAGGAUAAGCUGGAGGGCAGCGGCCGGGCAGCGGUAAGACCUGGGUUACUUAUAGAGACGGCCCGGUCAGCCGCUAGCAGCCCUUAAGCUUUUAAAUGUGACUCUCCUGCCUGGACUCCCUUCAAAAUAAAAGAAUCCAGUCUCUAUGUACGUGAUUCAUUUAAAACAUUCAGUCCAGAUUCUGAGUUCAUUCCAUCGCUUUUUUCCUCACAGCCAGCAUUUACCCCCUGGAUUAAAAACACAAGUUACGUUUUAAUUAUUUCUUUUUUUUUUAUUUCAAGUUUUUUUUUUUAUUUCCUCCUCCUGUGUGAAGGAAAUGUGUACGUCGGUUUGUUAAAUCUGUUCUGGGAUCAGGUCGGUGCAGUUAUGUUUAAUUGAAUUAGCGUCGGCUAAACACGGAUUUAAGCAUCUGCUGCCUCGUCUGAGCACCGAGCGUCGAACAUGUUAGACUUUUAUUUUCUGUUGUUUGGAAACGUGUUCUCUGGAAGAUUAAGAAUUAGCAUUUCUUUUUUUUAUUAUUUUGUACCUUUCAAAACUUCUUUGUCACUCUGGGCUGCAACUAAUUCAUUUUGCAGAUCAUUUUUUUCGAUCAGUUGAUUUAUAAAUUGGUCCAUAAAACAUCUACUUUCAAAUCACAGAGCAAAAGGUGACGUUAAAUAUUUAAUUCAUUCUAGACAAAGAAAAUCAGCAAAUUCUCACAGUUUAGAAAUUGGAGAAAUCAAUUUUGUUGCUUGAUAAAUGUCAAACGAUGAAUCGAUCACCAAGACUGUUGCUCCAUUAAGUGAUAUUAAUCAUGCAGCUCUAUAUUAUAUUUUUUUAGUUGGGUUUCCACACAGCAGAUUUCCAAUGGAAGUUUUGUAUUGUGUUGAAGACGCUCAUAGUUUUCACUGAUUCUGUCCCACAGUUACUGUAACAUCUCAAAUGUUUAAAACCCCUUUCUAUGAUUUGAAAGCACUCAUUCAUUUUUACAAAACUUGCUUUAAAGGUGUCGAUGGAUAUCAGGGUAAAUACAGGAUGUUUAUCACUUUGAGGCUGAGGAGGAGACGUCAGUGCACGUAGGAGCCGGGAGGAGAUCAAAGUUAAAAACUCUCAAACUUAAAUCCCUUAAGUUCACAUGUGUUAACUUAUCUGUUAAAUUCACACAGGAAUUAAAAUGUUAAAACUGAAAUUGUGGUUUUAGAGUAAACCAUUUAUUUAUCUAGAAGUUGUUUGAGUACAAUUACCAACGAGCCACAACGUUAAAAGUGAAAUCUGUUUUAUAUGUUGUGGUUAAUAAGUGUAUUUAACUUUAGCUACAAACGACCUUAACUUCAAAGUAAGUUUCAUGUCACUCAGCAUUAAAAAGAUUUGACAUUCUGCCUCUGUCCUAUUUUAUCAAGAGGAACAAAAAACAAAUUUGUUAAAACGAUGUUAAACUUUAACGCUUCAGUCUGUAAAUAAAACUCUUUCCGAGGAGAGAAUGAUUUGGAACCCACGACUCACACGCUGACCUGACGGCUGCUUCUCAGCACGAUGACCCGGCGCUCACCAUCCAAGCCGUGUGGGAACACUUCCUGUGUGGGAACACUUCCUGUGUGGGAACACUUCCUGAGUGGGAACACUUCCUGUGUGGCACCUGAUUCUUCCAGAGAUCACAACCUCAGCGAAGGCAUUGAUUGUAUUAAAAUGGCGGGUUUUAUGAUUUCUGUCGAAAACAACCAGUAUUUAAAUGUUAAAAACUACUGACAUGAUUUGUGCAUGUUUAUUAUUAUUUAUGUGACACCACUUUGAAUCUAAAAGACAAAGCUCUUAACAGUAGGUUGACCCCCUGGUGGUCGGUGAGCAGGGGGCUCCUGAGGCCGUAUGAAUUCAAAGCUUCGUUCUCUGACUUCCUGUUUCGUUUCUGAAUUAUCUCCCUGAUGUGAGUUCCUCUCUGUGUUUCUGUUCUGAGCACAGAUUUGUUUUUCUCACACAUUCGGGAGGAUGCUGUAUUUAUUUAUUUGAACGGAUGCUUUGACAUUUUCUAUUUACAACUUUUGUGUUAAUGAAGCAGAAGGGAACGGGUUGGUUUUUCCUUUUUUCUUUUCUCUUCUUUUUUAAAUAAACGCCAUUACUGAA